CGCUUGACGGAAAGCCAGCGGUUGCAUUCCAUGCGUCUGAAUGAACUGAAAAUGAAAGUACAAUUGAUGUGUUUAGUAUCAUAAAAGCUAUGGAUAUUUUACAUGAUUUUCCUUACCUGACUCUCCAAGAUAUAAAAGGACUUCAUUAUGACGGAUUCAUUGAACUUAAGGGUGCUCUCUAUAGACUGGAGGUGAAGGUGCCAGCCAGUGGAUCCCUGAGUGAGGCUACAGUCAAAUGUGAUGCUAACUUUACAAGAAUUCUGAAUCCUUUCUCUGACAUCAUUAAGCAGAGAUUAUCCCAAUGUGAUAGCCUCCAUGGCUUCCUGAAAGAAAUACAGAGCAUUGCGGAGAAUCAACUUGACAGAAAUGCUGUAGCAGCCACAGACUCUACAAUGUUCUGUCGACAACUUUUGGACCACAUUGAACUGCUUGGGUGGGACAAACUAGAGUAUGUAUCCGAUGACUUCCGUGAGGUUCAUAUGGUUUUCACUGAUGUUGCACGGAGAAAACAUGUCAUGAAACUCUACACUGGAAAGCAGUAUCCCAGAGACUGUCCGAAGUGUUCUGUCCAGCUACCUGUCAAGUUUGAUCUCCACUGGUCAGCCCAUGCAACACUGACCGAUGCUUAUGGCCAGUUUGAGGUUUCCGUGGAUACCUUCCAGGACUUCUGGAACAAGAUGGCGGAAAUUGAUGCCAAAACUUGGGUGCUUGAACCUGAGAAACCAACGCAUGCUGCAAAGCAUAGAAGAAUAGCAAUAAAUCCCAGUGUCUCUGUACAAAUCACAGUGGAUCCAAACAAUCCAAGAGUUCUGCCGGACUGCAUGUUUCUAGGUUCAGACCAAGCCAUCAAACCACUCAGACAGAGCAUGAAUGCCAAUAUUUCUGCAUGGAAUGAGGAGUCUGGUAUCCUUGACAACCUUGGGCGCUUGUUGAACGUCACAUUCCCCUCACCAGCAACCUCUACAAAGGAGGAGUUCAGACUUGAGUGUGGCAUCUGUUACUCAUAUCGUCUGGAGGAGGAGAUUCCCUCGGAGGUGUGCAAUGAGUCACGCUGUCAACAGGUCUUCCACCAGACAUGCCUCGUUGAUUGGUUACGUGCACUUUCAUCGAGUAGACAAAGCUUCAAUACCAUAUUUGGCAACUGUCCAUAUUGUGAAAAGGCGAUGACGGUUAAGUUGAUGGCCCGGUGAAGUUGAUUCCAAAACCCUUCUAGUCUUCCAGCACCCAUACCACCAUUGUUGUGUUCAUUUUCAGUGACUCUAAUGCUUUCUUAUUCUAUAUGCAUGUUGCAAUGAUUAAAAAUUAAAUCUGUGGCUUUAUUUUA